AUGAGAGCUAAAAAGAGAAUGAUACUGUUGAUUUCCUGCCUCUUCCUGCUGCUGCUGGCUAAGAUGUGCUCCAGGAGCCAGCAGGAAGAAAAACUUCAGCUUUCAGACUGGUUUAACCCCAGGAGACGCAUGGAUGUCAUCACAACCACUGAUUGGCUGGCCCCAGUCAUAUGGGAAGGCACCUUCGACCGACAGGCCCUGGAGAGGCAUUACAGAAGGCAGAACAUCACCGUGGGCUUGGCUGUGUUUGCUUUCAGCAGUCUCACUGACCAGUACCUGGACCCCUUCUUGCAAUCGGCCAGCAAGUUCUUCAUGCCUGGCCACAGGGUGGUCUUCUACAUCAUGGCGGACAGGUCCCUGCAGCUCCCCAAGAUGAACAACCCUCUGCAGUCCUUCCGGGUAGUCAUGAUAGACCAGAUGUGGUGGAGCAACUCUGAUGUCAUCCGCAUGAAAACCUUGGCCAAGCACAUCCAGAAACACAUCAGACACGAAGUGGAUUUUCUCUUCAGCAUGAGCACCAACAUGGUAUUCCAGGGCACUUUCGGGGUGGAGACCCUGAGCACGUCUGUGGCUCAGCUCCACGCUUGGUGGUACUUCCGAAAGCCGGAGGAGCCCCCCUAUGAGAGGAGGCCCAUGUCGUCAGCCUACAUCCCCUUUGGACUGGGGGACUUCUAUUACGCUGGCACUAUCAUUGGUGGCGUGCCCACUCAGGUUUUGGAUUUCGCUCAGCAGUACUUGAAAGAGGUUAUGUUGGAUAUAGGACGCGGGUUUAACAGCACCUACGAAAAGUACCUCAACAAAUAUUUUUUCCUUAACAAACCCUCCAAGCUUUUGUCCCCAGAAUACAACUGGGACCCCACCUUCAACAUCCCUCAUGAAGUGUGGUACGUUAAGAUUGCUCAGUUUCCCACAAACAGCUUAUGA